GGGUUUUAUUUUGAAAUGCUGGACCGGAAGUGUGUGUUGUCUUUGAGUUAACACCAGGUGAGUUCAGCAUGGGGCUGGUUUAUUCUCAGCCGGCGUGCCGCUGGGCGUCCUCCGGAGACGUGCAGCGUCUGUACACCGUCCUCAGAGAAGACCCCGCCCAGCUCAACGUCCAGGAACCAAUCAGCGGAGACACGCCCCUCAUCGCCGCCUGCCGCCGUGGCAACCUUAGGGUCGUCCAGUAUCUGCUCGACAACGGGGCGGACGCCCAGCUGACCAAUCAGAAACAGAGGACGUGUCUUCACUACGUCUCGAAGAGGACUUUCUCGAUGGUGGAUUAUCUCCUCAUCGCCAUUCUGAUGCCCAUUCUGCUGCUGGGAUACUUCCUCCUGUUACAGAAGCAGAGGCGGAGUGUGUCUCUGAUGGAGGCGGCGCUGAGCAGCGAUGUGAACAUCGAUGCUGUCGACUACAAGGGGAACACCGCCCUGCAUUACGUCUGUCUGAGGAAGAGUCAGGUCCUGGUCCCUCUGCUGCUGGAGAGAAACGCUGACACCAACAUCCAAAACAAGGACGGAGAGACAGCGCUGGACGUCGCCACCAGACUAAAGUUCAAGAAGAUCGUGAUGAUGCUGAAGAAGGAGCGCUAACAAGUCUCGUCUUAGACAUUACAAACUGAUUCUGGAAAACAAACACGUAUUUUCUGACAGAUUUACUCACUAACUUUAAGGAGAUAAAACAUCUAGAGUUUAUAAAACGCCUCCCCGGGUUUGUCUUCAUUAGCAGCCAAUCUUAUCUGUAAAUGAAGACUAGUUAAAGGUAAUCAUUUUCAAUAUAAAACCUAAACAUUAAAAGCAUUUAAUGCUUAAGUCUGUUUGUAGAUAAGAUGUAGCAUACAGAUCAAUCUAUACAUCUCAAAUUUCAAAUAAAACAUGUAAAGAGUU